CCCCCCUUUUCGUGGCGCCUCCUGUUUAUCGUCCAGCUAAAAGAUGGCGUUAGCGGCUAGCUAAAACGAUUAUUCUUCGUUUGAUUGAAUUAAUUAUGUCGAUGGGAAUAAUUAGUCAUUGCAAAUACUUUAUUACUCUUGAGAUGGGACUUAAAAACAUAGAUUAUAGCACUUGUGUUCGCACUAUAACGCACCGUGAUUGUUUGUUGGGCCUUCUCGCAUACAGAGGCCUGUUUUUUUAAGGAGUGGACGAGAGGUUCACAAACGUCAACUCCCAGCAGCAUUGCUGAGAAGUGGGGUCAAAGGUCCCCCUGUCAUCCUCCAUGUCAUCACUUUCUGUCUGAAGUGACUUGUUAGUGAGGAUAAGCAGAAGAGCAGGUGGGUUGGAGACAAUUAGUGGCAUGAUGGCGUCAAAGCUAGUGCCAGGGAUCCAGAAACAUGGGACAUGGGCAGGCAACCCCAGAGAAGUGUCCUCAGCCUCCCCAGAGACCUCUCUGACCUGGUGCCUGUCACAGCUCUCUAAACCUGGGAGAGCAGCAGCCGAGGACCACAAGCCAGGCACUGCAGGGCCGGACACCAGUGGACACAGACAGCUGGACAAGAGGGUCAAAGCUGGGCAGUGGCAAGCGCUGGUGGCCAUCCGUACACAGCACAUUAAAGGAGGAAGCAGUGGGAUAGCUCGAUUCCGAGGCCAGGGUGGACUGCGCACUCUCCUGGACCUGCUAAAGCACCCUGAGUGUUCCAGGAAGACUCUGGACCUGGCUCUCAGCAUCCUGGCUAACUGCUGCACAGAGAGACAGACACGAGUUGAGGUUAGGAAGCUUGAUGGAAUAUCUAUUGUGGUGGGUAUUUUGAAGAAGAAUGUAGCCAUGGAGACGAUCCAGAACAGAGCAGCCCGGGCCUUGGGGAACUUGGCCAUGGACCCAGAGAGUUCCACACUUAUCCACUCUGCCGGUGGUGUUCCACUCCUGCUCCUCUGCGUCUCUCUUGCAUCCGCCCCAUCCCCUCCCUCUGAUGACCCACUGGAAGCCCCUUCCUCUAAACUAGAGUGUGCUCAGUCGGCUGCCCGUGCAAUCCUCUACCUUGCAGACACCCCCUCAAACCGCCUUUUACUGCUCACCCAGGGUACACUAACUGCUCUCGCCCCGCUCAUUGCUCCAGAGUACCCUCUGGGGCUGAGGAGAGCAGCACUCCGGACCCUCCAUGAGCUCACAAGGGGCUGUGGUGUAGAGUGUGCUAGAGAGGUGUCCCGAUCUGGGGUUCUAGCUCAGCUAGGUGUCAUGGCUUCGGGAGAGGCCGAUAAACCUUUUGAGGAGCUUGCGUUGAAAACCUUGGCCAACAUGUGCACUCAAGGCUGCUUACGUCCUCUGGUGGGUUCCCUGGGGGUAAUCCAGAAGUUUACAGAGGAGGUCAAGAAGGACGGCCUGAAGUCUGGAGUGUUCCUCAAGGCACUCUGCUUAUGCUGCAAAGAGGCAGUGAACCGGGCCAAAGUGAAGGAGAGCGGCGGUCUGGAGGUGUUGAUUGGCUUCCUUGGUGUCCAUCGGAGCCACCCCCUCGACCGAUUGGUCAUUCUGGCUUGUGUUGACUUUGUCUAUGACGAAGCUGCCCUGGAACAGUUACAAGAAUUGGGAAUAGUCCCCCUGCUAGUUGCUCGGUUAGUGGAGCUGGCUAAAGGUGAGGAGCCAUCUGCUGGGAAGAUGGAUGUGAGCCUCACCUCUACCAUGUUUGCUUCAGAGCUGCUGUCUACGUCAUGUUUCGACUCAUUUGACUUCCCUCCCCCAGAGGGGAACAGGAAAGAGGAGAUGGGGAAGGAGCAUGUCCUUGGGUCAUCCAGCUUUCUUAGCCUGAGGUCCUGGUUGGUGUCUGAAGGGUUGAUCUCCUCUGAGGGGGAUCUUCUUGACUCUCCUGGAGGCACGGAGGGAGAUUGGGGGAGUCUUCAUAUCCCCUCUUCUUCCCAAACCUCUUCCACUGACUGUCAUUCCCCUUUAAAAUGCUUAUCUCCUACCCACUCACUACCUUCCUCCACUCCCUUAUCCGCACCCGAAUCUCAGAGUCAAUCCACUCCCUCUACCUCAACGAGUUCUCCAGCUCAGGUCCACAUGUCAUCUCCCUCAAAAACCGCUGAUCUGUCUCCCUGUGUCCCUCUGCCCUCCUCUACCUCCACCCCCCGAGCCCAGCCCAUCUCCUCUACCUCCACCCCCCGAGCCCAGCCCAUCUCCUCUACCUCCACCCCCAAGCCCAGCCCGGCUCCUCUACCUCCACCCCCAGAGCCCAGCCCGGCUCCUCUACCUCCACCCCCCAAGCCCAGCCUAGCUUCUCUACCUCCACCCCCGAGCCCAGCCCAUCUCCUCUACCUCCACCCCCGAGCCCAGCCCAUCUCCUCUACCUCCACCCCCGAGCCCAGCCCAUCUCCUCUACCCGCCUCCUCUACCUCCACCCCCCGAGCCCAGCCCGGUUCCUCUACCUCCACCCCCCGAGCCCAGCCCGCCUCCUCUACCUCUUCUCUCCCUUCCCCCACUAUCCCACCCCUCACUCCCGUCUCCCCAUCCAAGUUCUCCUCCCCUCCACGGAAAAGGCCACGUGUCCCCUCAACCACCCGCUCUAGUGUGGUGCCCCUCGACACCCCUCCCACAGUGUCCCGACCCCAGGCCUACCACCACCCCUACCACCCUGAGCCUUGGGCCCCAGAGUCUCCCAUCCUGCUGCUGCUCUCACGCUUCUCUCAUGCCACGGAUCCCAGCGCUGCUCUGGUCAACUCAGGCAUCAUCUCUGGCCUACUGUUCUACCUCAGCCAGCAUCAGGACCCCAGCGGCAGGUGCUUCCGCAUGCUGUGCCGGCUGAGCUGCAACCCCAACUGUCUGCAGGCGCUGGUCAGGACUGGCUCAGUGGCUCUGAUCCGCCACCACCUGGUCCAGAGAGGGAGUGACCCUGAGAGUUGGGGAGCUGGAGAGAGGCAGACUGAUAGGGUCAAGGCCAAAGUGAAACAGCUUGGUCUUGCUCUGCUUAGUAACCUACGCGUUCAGUGUGAGUCUGGAUUUGGUUCUGGAGUCCUGAGCCAUGUGAUGCUGUCAGGCUCGGAGUCAGACAAGCUGAACUGUGCCCUGUCUCUACCACUAGUAAAUGGUAACAAGGUUCUGUUGAAGAAGCUUCUUCUAGACAACGGUGGUCUACUCUUGGCUCUGGAGCCCCUUGGAUGUAAUGAGGACGAGGAAGAGGAAGACCAUCACACCAGUGAAUGCCGACGACUCCUCUCCGAUUGUCUCAACUCACCACAACAUGUCUCCGCCCCCCAGCUCCACUCUCUAUAUUUCUCCCUGCUGAUUGGAUGCCUCUCUAGUCUGAUGGGUUGCCCCAAAACAGUACUGGCUAAAAGAAGGUGCAGGGUACUCAGUCCUAUCAAACCCCUGUCAGUCUCACAAACCGGUAAAGCUUCACCCCCUCCCUUAAAAAAGCCUCGUCUGGUCAAUAUCUGUCCUUACAAUGACUCAACCUUUGACCUCCUCUUCCUACUGGACGAUGGGAGCCAGGUGUCAGCCAAUAGGGAAGCAGUGGCUGGGGCGGAGGGAACCGAGGUGGUGGGGUCAGAGUACUUCAGGGCCCUGUUGAGGGGGGGCUUUGGAGAGGCUCAAGGGAAAACUGGGGAGGCCAUCCCUAUCAGGGAUGUGAGCCAAGGCAUGCUGCUACCUGUACUGCACUAUCUGCAUGGCUGUCGCCUGAACAAGGACGGAGAUACUGCAGAGGAACAGGGGGAUGAGACAGAGAGAGAAGGCAGAGGAGAGUGUCAGAUUUUGGGAUCCUUGGCCUCUGAAGGACUGGGUGUCUGGAGAGACGGGGCAGAAGAACCCUCACCAGAGGCACAGGGCUUCCAGAAGACCCCCCUAGCUGAGACGAUGGUGGGGGCCUGUAGGUUUUUGGUGACAGAGUUGCAGAGGGAGGUGGAGGAUCUGUGUGUGUCUUUGCUGUCCUGCUCUGCCAAGAAUGCUGGUCGAAUUGCAGAUGUUGGCAAAAAACCUCCAUCUAACAUGGACCAAUAUGGGUCAGAUGGAGAGUCUGCUGACGAGAGCCUGGCAAACCGCACAUCUGGACUAGAGUUGAGUGGUUCUGAGGCCCAGACAGACUCCUUGGCCCCCACAGUGACAGCAGGCCAGGCUGUGUCACUACAUGGCUCUGGACUCCAACUCUGUCAGCAGACAGAGGGUAGACGACACUCUGCCCCUGGACCAGGCCAGAAGGGCGAUAGUGCACCAAAGACAACCUCAGGACUGGAGACUUGUGUCAAUCCUCUGAAAUCAAGUUCUGCCUCUAAGUGCUGCAAAAGACGUUCUAAACUGCAGAGUGUUUCAAACACACAGAAGGUUGCGGAUUCUGUACAGGACUCUAAAGUUGGUUCUGGUAGAUGGACCCUCCUACCACAGGUGUAUUGGUUUUCCCAGCGGUACAGCUAUCCUGGACUGGGCAGGGCCUGUCUGUCCCUACUGCUGGGCUCUCAGGGCUCCUCCCAGCCCCGCCCUUCUUCCCUGGCUGCAGACUGCCUGCGCAGACUGGCCAGAGAGGCAGACUGUACAGAGACUCUGAAACGUGACCUAGUGAGUCUGGCCACCAUGGCCCUGAGCUGAGAGGGGGAGGGCUAGGAGAAAGUUGGGUGGGGAUGGAGGUGAAGAGAGGAGAAACAGAGGAUCAAGUAUGAGGAUAUUAUUAGGAAUGGUAUGAGAUCAUGUGAUUGUCUCUCCAAUGACACUGAAGUUAACGUUUGCCAGUGUGAAAAUGUAUUUUAUGUUCAAAAGUCUUUACAACAUGAUUAGCCUUCCUUCCUUCCUUGUGAAUAUCUGUCUUUGUCUCACAACAAAUAACCUUUAUAUUCCAAUAUUGGUGUUUACAAAGUAAUUGACGUUUGAAUUAUUUUCUUCAGAAUAGUACAUUUAUAUUUAAAGGAGUCAUGCGGCCGUUUAAAGGGAUGGGUUCUCAGACAAUGAAUCAUGAGGAAAAUCAUUUUUAUCUCAUGGUGCACUGUAAAUUAAGUUAUAUUAUAAUUAAAACAUUAGCAUAAUGUAAUAUGCUAAAUACUUUUGUUGCAUGUAAUGUUAACUUUUUUUUAUGUUUUCAGUUUGAUUUUGAAGUAUACACAGAGCUGUCCUGUAAAUGUCCUGUAUUGACUUGGAUGACUCUAAUAAUCAGGGUGGGACUGGGUGCCAUGUUGUAUAUGCUGUAAAUAAAGAGAACUUUAGGAGUAGCUGCAAGGUGAAGAUAACAGAGAUCAGCUUUCACUCGCCUCAUGUGAAUCCACGUUCCUCAUUAAAUCUGUUUAAAAUGUC